AUGUGUGUACACCUGUUUGGAGCAUCAUCCACUCCCAGCUGUGCCUCGUAUGCACUGCGGAGGACAGCAGAAGAUGGAAAGGAGUGGGCAGCGCCCGAAGCAGUAGAAGCAAUCUUAAAUAAUUUUUAUGUGGAUGAUUGUUUGAGCACAGUGUCUUCGGAUGAACAUGCUGUCACACUCGCUAAGAACUUGAGAAACCUAUGUCUCAGUGGAGGAUUUCACUUGAGCAAAUGGACAAGCAACUCUAGAGCACUGCUCACGUCAAUCCCAGAAGAAGACAGGGUUUCAGGAAUUCAGGAUCUCGAUUUGAAUAAGGAUCAGCUUCCCACUGAGAGGGCGCUAGGAGUCCAAUGGUGCACAAACUCUGACGCGUUCAAGCUCAAGAUUGAAGUACAGCAAAAACCUUGUACGAGAAGAGGAAUCUUGUUAGUUGUAAGCUCAGCCUAUGACCCCCUGGGAUUCCUAGCACCUUUCGUCCUCCCCGCCAAGCUGCUCCUGAGGGAACUCUGCAAGGACAAAAAAGCGUGGGAUGAUGAGGUGUCAGAAGAACAAGCGAAAAGAUGGAAUAAGUGGCUGUCAGGGUUACAAAAGAUGUCAUCCUUUUGUGUCAGCAGGUGCAUCAAGCCCGCAGGAUUCGGUGUCGUCAAAAGGGCACAAUUGCACCACCUUUCUGAUGCAAGCAACGACGGCUAUGGUACAGUGUCAUACCUCCUGCUGACCAAUGAAAAUGACCAGAAGUUCAUCUCUUUCAUGAUCGGGAAGUCAAGAGUGGCACCGCUCAAGUUGAUCACCGUUCCCAGGUUAGAGUUGACAGCGGCUGUAAUAGCUGUGAAAAUGGACAAGAUGCUGCAGUGUGAGCUACAGCUAAAACUGGAAGAGUCAAGAUUUUGGACAGACAGCAUGACAGUACUGAAGUAUAUUGAAAAUGAUGCUGCACGCUAUAAAACAUUUGUUGCCAACAGAGUUUCAUUCAUCAGAGAAGUUACAAAGACAUCACAGUGGAAGUAUGUGAGCACAGCAGACAACCCCGCGGAUCAGGCUUCAAGAGGGCUAAGUGCUGAGGGUCUGCUGCACAGCAAGAAUUGGAUACAAGGACCAAAAUUCCUGUUGUUAUCCCGAGAGUGAAUGGCCACAACGCCCAGACCAGCCCAUGAACCAAGAAGAAGAUGCAGAGGUGAAAAAAUCAGCACAACUGUCUCUGAUACAAGUCGAUGAACCAAUGGAUCCAAUGACUCAGUUUGUUCAUCACUUCUCCUGCUGGUACAAACUCAAGAAAGCGAUUGCUUGGCUGAUGCGUCUAAAAGAAAUCCUGCAGAACCUGAGACAAAAAAGAAAAGAACUUCAAGACACAAUACAGAAUUGUGGCGAUGACUCAUCAAAGGCAGAGGCUUUGCUCAAGCAAGAAAUGCUCGAGGACAAGAAAGGUUUCAAAAAACAAACAAUCAGCAAUGAAGAUCUCAUCAAGGCGGAGGUGGAGUUAAUUCGCCUGUGUCAAAGGAGAAAAUAUGCUGAGGAGCUUAAAGUGCUGCAGGAUGGUAAGGAUCAUGUUAAGAAAGAUAGUCACAUCUUUAAGCUGGAUCCAUGUCUGAAAGAUGGAGUACUGAGAGUUGGAGGGAGGCUCUGCCGAGCUGCGAUGCCGUUGGAUGCCAGACACCCAGCUAUCCUGCACAAGGAUGACUGGAUUGCAAAACUCGUUCUCCGUCACAUACAUGAAGCUACAGGACACUCGUGGUGAAAUUACAUUCUGGCAAAACUGAGGGAGAAGUUCUGGAUCCCAAAGGCCUGCUCAGCGAUACAAAGAAUAAUCUCGGAGUGUAGGACAUGCAGAAGACAACAUGCAAGAGCAGGCGACCAAAAAAUGGCAAACCUGCCAGAAGACCGGCUGUUGCCAGAUAAGCCACCCUUCACCAACACCGGCGUGGAUUAUUUCGGCCCAUUUGAGGUCAGUCGAGGUCGCAGCAAAGUGAAGAGAUAUGGUGUGCUUUUUACAUGUUUAACUUGUAGAGUAGUUCACAUAGAGGUAGCACACUCUCUCGACACCAGCUCAUGUAUAAAUGCUCUACGCCGCUUUUUAAGCAGUAGAGGACAAGUGUCUGUACUUCGGUCCGACAAUGGCACUAAUUUUGUUGGUGCUGAAAGGGAGUUGAAGGAGUCCAUAAAAGAUGUGGACCAGGCCAGGAUCAGAGAAGCAAUGCUGAAAAGAGGAGUUGAAUGGAUAUUUAACACACCUGCUGCGUCUCAUCAUGGAGGUGUCUGGGAACGCCAAAUAAGAACAGUCAGGAAGGUUCUAAGUUCCCUGUUGAAACAACAAGUAAUGGACGACGAGGGUCUACAGACUCUUUUGUGUGAAGUCGAGAGUAUUCUCAAUGACAGACCCAUAACAACGACCUCCAACGACCCCAAUGAUCUGGAGGCCUUGACCCCAAAUCAUCUGCUGUUGAUGGGAACACAGCCAAACAUUCCUCCAGGUGUCUUCUCCAAGGAUGACCUCUAUGUACGGCGCCGUUGGAGGCAAGUUCAAUAUGUAGCAGAUUUAUUCUGGCGCCGGUGGACCCAAGAGUAUUUGCCUCUCUUGCAAGAAAGACAAAAAUGGAACACGACUAAGAGGAAUUUCAACCUGGGAGACGUUCCUCUGCGCCACGGAACUCCUGGUUGAUAGGAAAAAUCACCAAGAUUAUGCCAGACUCAAAGGGAGCAGUUCGCAGUGUCUGUGUUCAGACAAAGACAAGCACGUUGGAGAGACCCAUUACCAAGAUAUAUCUCUUGGAGGAGGCAUCAUAAAGAGUCUGAAUGAGAUUAAUAGAUUUAUCUAUCUAUAUCUCUUUGUUUAAAUGAUGACUCUGUGUGUUUGUGUUUGGUAAUUGUUAUGUUGUUAACCUAACAAUUAGGGGCAGGUUAUGUUAGAGUCAUUCUGUGUGUGUGUGCACGGUGGAUGAGUGGUGUGACUUCCACCAGCGUCAUGUUAUGGAUCCCGUCCGAGGGACACCUGGCCUCCAAUAUUCUGCGCCGGUCGACGGCGGCGCCCAUCGGUGGAAAAAGCUUGGCGUAGGAGGUGAGGGCAUGCUUGUUCUUCGAAGUCUCUCUUCGUGGCACAACAAAGUCUCUCUUCGUGACACAACAAAGACGAACAAAGUCACUGACAGUCUCUUUAUUUGACCCAACAGAUAUAAAGUCUUUGGCGAGUUCCCAUGUUACAUCCUGUACUCUGCACCAUUCAUCCUUGGUGAGGUAAGUCUGUGCGUUUAGUGUAUUUUUUCCCUGAAAAGUGACAAGUCAAUUUCAUCUUUAUCUUUUAAUCUUCUUUAACGUUUUAAUUUCUGAAGUGUUCUUCAUUGUACCACUGUAAUUCUCAUUCCAGCAAAGCAUGCUUUAUUUUAUGUUUCCAUUUAAAAACUCAGUUAUUUCUAUCCAGUAUCAACUGUAUCAUAACUAUACAACCAGGGAGUAUGGAGACCUUGAAAGCAUGUACGUCCUGUGUACUGAAAGCCUGAUUUGAGUUAUUCUUCAUUCCUACUUUAUCCAUUUGGAAGUGAGGAUCGUUGUCUAGUAGAAUGUGACAGAGAUGGUCUAUAUAAUCUCCUCACUUUGGAAGAUAGUCGACAUGUUCAUAAUCUCACGUCGAGUUAAUGGACACAUUCAUAAUCUCAUGUGGCACAACCCAAGUCAGCACAGGACAUUGGCAUCCUCAUUUCAAAACGGAGUACAGUAGGAUUCGAGAAUGACUUGCUGAUAUCCCUCCACUUGCAGUUAGUGGAGGCCGAAAACGCAGUAGCUUCUGACACGUGAGACGUCAUAGACUGGCUUUAUGAAGAAAGUAAUAUGCUUACAUUAAUAGCUGAAUGCUAAGUGCGCACUUCGGUUGUCGCUUGUGUUCUCUGAACUUUUCACAACAUCUCGGAACUUCUUGCUGCGUGCAGCAGAAUUUGUUUCUCAUGAUUGAUUGAAUGUGAUGAUAUCAUGAAAUGCAUUACACUCUUUGUCUACUGGACAUUAAUUUUCUCCAGACUUCCUCUUCUUGUAAAUUCAAAACAUCUCAUCAUUGAUAGACUGUGAUUCUAUGGUGUCUCCAAGUGACACAACAAAGACGAACAAAGUCACGACAUAACAAAGGCGAUCAAAGUCACUAACACAGCAAAGAUGAUCAAAGUCCCUUAUUUAUUUAUUUAUGAACCAGCAGAAAGUCUGCUGAUUCAUAGUGUCCGUGUCACAUUCUGUAAUCCGCACCAUUCAUCCUCGGUGAGGUAAGUGUGUGCUUUUAGUGCAUUUUUUUCCUGAAAAGUGACAUAAAUUAGAAUCAGCUAUCAACUAGAAAAGCAUGCUUUAUGCUUCCACUUAACAACUCAGUCAUUUUUAUUCACUUCAUUUCUAUCAAGUAUCAACUGUAUCAUAACUAUAUAACCUGGUUGUCUCUCAAAAUCAACUGGAAUGUUUGAAGCAUGUAUGCUGGAUGAUUUAAGUCUGAUUUAAGUAGGAGUUUGGCGCCAUCUGGUGGUCAACCAUGGAGUCUUAUUAAAACUUUGAGUUCUAUUCAGGUCUAAUUUCUUCAUCGUGUCAGGAUCAUCAUUCAAUACUAUGAUGAGUAACAAAGCAAACAUUAAGUUCCCCUUUAUGGGUGGUUAUGUCAAGACUUUUUUUUCAACGAGAUAUUCCACUUUAAUAUCACUGUUCUAGAAGGCUGUAGCCUGAGAAGAAGAAGAGAUGAAGGCAUACCGUAAUAUUCAGUAUGACCCUAAGUUCAGAAUGACAGUGAAUUCAAUCGUCAAAUAGGCGUGUUAAGAUGCUACCUGGUGGCAGCCAUAGCAUAUCUCGUAUAGCUGUUUUGACGAGACAUUCUACCACAUCUCUGAAGCAGCAAUCAUGAUCCGGAUGAUGAUGAUGAUGGCUGGGCGUCAUCACUGUGGUUUACAGCAGGAUUGUGCUGUAGCUCUCACAUUCAUUUUACACAGCAAAGCUCCAUUUUGCGCUUUCAAGCGUACGCUUCGCAGCAUAUGGACGUGCCAUCACAACAUUAGGACCGACGUUUUUGUGCAUAUUUUACUAUUAGAUGCAUGAAAUGUGGUGAACGUUGUUGAAAGUCAAAGCAAGAAAACUUUUCUCCUAUUCAACCUGAGUAAGAUCAAGAUGCCUGCGUGUCACAGGAGCUCUGUACCUCCUUUUCCCCACUUAUUCUGUUUGCUAUUGCACAUAGGCACUUUUAAUGGUUUGUUUUUUUUUUUGUUUUUUUGGUGGGUAAGCUGUUGUGCAACCGUGCACAUGGGAAACCUGCUUUUGUUGCACUUUUGUUUAUUUUUGCACUGUUUGGAUCCGCGUCAGAGGACCCAUUCGACUUCAGCGAUGGAUCAGCUUAUUGUCAGCGUGCGUUUUCUCACGUGCUUGUGUUGUGCGUGUACAUUCAACCCUCGAUGGACACGGCGACUGCGUCAUUUUCUUGCCCAGUGGAAGCAUGAACGUAUAAUGUGAUGUGUCACACCUGUGUCAAUAAGGCCUGCUGUAUGCAAAUGUGAAGGACGCUUACACCUCUGCCCCCCUUCCACAUCCGCGACGCUUGCGUCACAACCUGGUCUACCUGCUCCCCCAAUACACACCCAAGAUGCGAAGACAACCUGUGCAGAAGACUGUGAAAGUGUGGUCUGAGGAAGUCAAUGAGAGACAGACUGUUUCUAUACCAUGGAGUCGAGCAUGUUCUGUGUCUCUUUUUGUGAUGGCAUUGAUGGCCUCAUGCACUGCAUCGCUGAUUACAUCAACAUCGUGGACAGCAUUGUGCCAACCCGGAGGGUACGGUGCUUCUCUAAUAACAACUUAUGGGUCACCCCUGAGCUUGAAGUCCUCCAGAACUAGAAGAAGAAGGUUUACAUCUCAGGUGACAUAGAGCAGUGGAGGAGAGUUCAGCACGAGCACCAGUGGAAUAUAUGGAGGAGAUCACAUCUCCUGCCCAGUGGACAUGCCCCCAGGCCACCUUCACCUGAUUACUGCAGCACCACACCCCAGUUCUCCCUUCACUCGCCUCUCCCUCAUGACGAAUCAGGUGAGGAAAGAGCUGAGAUGACUGAAGUACCGGAAAUCUGUGGGACCAGAUGGCAUUAGUCCCAGGCUGCUGCUGCUGAGGACCUGCGCAGACCAGGUCUUAUUGAGGUCUUCUGCCACACCUACAAUCCGAGACUUGGCCUGUGGAAGAUCUCCUGUGUGGACUUGGUUCCUAAGACAGUGCACACCAGGGAACCAUCCCACUACAGAACUUGACCUCCCACCCCAUGAACACCAUGGAGAGGCUCCUCCUGAACCACCUCUGCUCCAUGGUGAGCUCCACUCUGGACCUGCAGCAGUUUGUCUACAACAGGCCCAGCUUCGGAGUAUAAGAUGUCGUCAUCUACCUGCUGCAGCAGCUGCUAAACCAUCUGGAGACCACUGGUAUCACUGUGAGCGUCAUGUUUUUUUUUUACUUCACUAGUGCCUUCAUCACCAUCAGGCCAGCACUGCCAUGGGGGAAGUUAGAGGAUGCACGAGUGGAUAUAUAUCUGGCUGCUUGUACCAUCGACUACCUCACUGCGGCUUCAUUGCAUCAUCCAGAUCCAGACCUGCUAUCUAUGAGCCUUUCACCUGGUCAGUGGAAACUUCAAUCACCCCUACCCCUCCUCCUCCUCUGUCAACAUGAACGUAUAAUGUGAUGUGUCACACCUGUGUCAAUAAGGCCUGCUGUAUGCAAAUGUGAAGGACGCUUACACCUCUGCCCCCCUUCCACAUCUGCGACGCUUGCGUCACAACCUGGUCUACCUGCUCCCCCAAUACACACCCAAGAUGCAAAGACAACCUGUGCAGAAGACUGUGAAAGUGUGGUCUGAGGAAGUCAACAAGAGACUGAGACUGUUUUCAUACUACGGAUUGGAGCAUCUGCUGUUUCUCAUUUGGCGGUAACAUUGAUGCCACAGCAUUGCUGAUUACAUCAACUUCUGUGUGGACAGCAUUGUGCCAACGCGGAGGGUAGAGUGCUUCUCCAAUAACAACUUAUGGGUCACCCCUGAGCUUGAAGUCCUCCAGAACCAGAAGAAGGUGGUUUACAUCUCAGGUGACAUAGAGCAGUGGAGGAGAGUUCAGCACGAGCACCAGUGGAAUAUAUGGAGGUCCAAAAAAGACUAUGGGAGAAUGUUGGAGGAGAACACAUCUCCUGCCCAGUGGACAUGCCCCCAGGCCACCUUCACCUGAUUACAGCAGCACCACACCCCAGUUCUCCCUUCACUCCCCUCUCCCUCAUGUCGAAUCAGGUGAGGAAAGAACUGAGACGACUGAAGCAGAGGAAAUCUGUGGGACCAGAUGGCUGAGGACCUGCGCUGGUUUUCUGCCACGCUUACAAUUUAAGCCUCGAAGGUUGAGAUGGUCUUUGUCCAGUGGAAGAUUUUCUGUGUGGGCUUGGUUCUCAAGACAGUG